UCGUGGCCGCCGUUUGACUCAGUCGGCCGACGGCGGCCUCCCGGCACGGCCACCAGAACCACCGGGCUGCCGAUACCGUCCAGUUUCACACCGGCAGAGAAGAAAAAGACUGAGUGAGAACGUGAAAAAGAUAGAAAAGGGGAGACACAGAACAACCGUAGCGACCAUGAGAGUGCACCUGCUGACGGCUCUGCUGCUAGCCGUCAGUGUGCCUGCUCUCGGAAGAGUGGCUGUGCAGGACGGCUCGGACCAUCCUCCGAGCCGAAGAGCGCGCCAAGCAGUCGGCGGUCUCGGCUGCGGCCCGGGCGAGUUCCGCUGUCUGGACGGCACCUGUAUCGAGGACUGCUACACGUGCGACACGCGCGCCGACUGUCCGGACGGCAGUGACGAGACGGAGGCGCACGGCUGCGCCGAGCGCUGCGGCGACGGCCGCUUCCGCUGUGACGGCCGCUGCCUGGACAACCGCCAGCUCUGUGACGGCAGAGCCGACUGCCCCAGCGGCACGGACGAGAGGUUUUGCCCCACGACGACCACAACCACUCCGCGGCCCUGUACGUACUACGAAUUUCGUUGCGAUGGCCGGUGCUUCGAUCUGAACCGUCGCUGCGACGGGCGCUGGGAUUGUUCGGACGGUUCUGACGAGCGGGGAUGCACCACAACCACUACCACAACCACUCCGCGGCCCUGUACGUACUACGAAUUUCGCUGUGAUGGCCGGUGCUUCGAUCUGAACCGUCGCUGCGACGGGCGAUGGGAUUGUUCGGACGGUUCUGACGAGUGGGGAUGCACCACAACCACUACCACAACCACUCCGCGGCCCUGUACGUACUACGAAUUCCGCUGUGAUGGCCGGUGCAUGGACAAUCGGCUUCGCUGCGACGGGCGUUGGGAUUGUUCGGAUGGUUCUGACGAGUGGGGAUGCACCACAACCACUACAACCACUACGCCCCGUCCGCCCCCGCCGCCCCCGCCCGGAUGUCGCCGGGAUGAGUUCAGGUGUAUAGAGGACGGCCGCUGCAUUCCUUACUGCUACAGGUGUGAUGGCGGGGUGGAGUGUGUGGACGGUAGUGACGAGAUAGACUGCCCGGGACAAACGACGACGCCACGUCCGUGCUUCUAUUACGAGUUCCGCUGCGACGACCGGUGCGUGGACAAUCGGCUCCGCUGCGACGGACGCUGGGACUGUUCGGACGGCUCCGAUGAGUGGGGAUGCACCACAACCACGACCACUACCCCCCGGCCGCCACCGCCGCCGCCUCCUCCUGGCUGCCGCACGGACCAGUUCGAGUGCCUGAGCGGUGAGCCCCGCUGUAUAGACUCGUGUUACGCGUGUGACGGCCGUAAGGACUGCGCCGAUAACUCGGACGAGUCGGAGGAGUACGGCUGUUCGCGGACGGAGCAGUGUACGACCGGCGAGUACAGCUGCGACGGCCGCUGUCUGCCGGUGGAGACGCUGUGUGACGGCGUUCCUCACUGCUCGGACGGACAUGACGAGAGGAACUGUAUCAGAGGUGUGCUGGUUGCCUGAGCUGAACUGCCGGAUGCGGCGGCUUCGGAAUGCCAGCAGAAUAGAAAAGUACCUUCUUUUAUAGGUAGUGCCAAGUUCAACAUAACUACAUAUAUUGCAAGAGAGCUGCCACACCAAUCAAUGUUCCUUUGGGAAUCGGCCUCUCUUUCGUUGGCCGGUACAACAUCAAAUAGAUAAUAUACAACGUUAUUUCACGAUUUGUAGAGGGGAGCGUCGCCUAUAAAGUUCAUGCACCGGUCGAAUCAUUCCUAUGGCAAAGAUUAUAGCAUUAACUUGUAUCGAAUAAUGCAUGCUUCUAUAUCUAGAUGUAAUGAAUGAAUACAAAGAUACGUUUCGAAUGA